AGAAAGUCAAGCUCGGACCCGACCCUCACGCCUCCCCAACACCACUCCCCCCCCCCCCCCCCCCCCCCCACCAAAUUGUCUCCAAUUAAAUCGUCUCUCUCUGUCCCUGUUCUCUGUUCUCUCUCUCUGCCCUGUUGUUGCUCUGUGUGAGUCCCAUUUGAGCUGCUUCCUCUGGGUUUGAACUUUGAAGCAUUCGUUUCCUUCUGUGGUUUACCCACCCCGAUCAUCUUUUUCCAAGUUGAUUCUGAGAUAACUUUUCUUCUGGAUUUGGAGAUUUUUUUGCUAAUGAUUCUUAAUUAAUUUGUUUAUGCAUGUGUUUAUUAAGAAUGAGAAUCUGAUUAUGAGUAAUGGCGGAAGCUACUAGGAAAGUAUCAGCUGCUUCAGCCAGGUCUCACACCCGGAAAUCCAACACCACCUCCUCCUCCUCUUCAGGCAUGCUGAGGACAAUUACAGUGGUGCUGUUUGUUGGGUUGCUGGCAUGGGCAUACCAGGUGACCCACCCUCCGCCUUCCAACCUCUGUGGCUCCCCAGGAGGCCCCCCAAUAACAGCACCAAGGAUAAAGCUCAGGGAUGGAAGGCAUUUGGCCUACAAGGAGCUUGGUCUCCCAAGAGAAUCGGCCAAACACAAGAUUGUCUAUAUUCAUCCCUUUGCCUCUUGCAGACACGAUGAGGUGAUCGUGACAUACCUCUCCCCGGAGCUUGUUCAAGAACUAGGUGUGUACGUUGUGUCGUUUGACAGGCCUGGUUAUGGAGAAAGUGAUCCCAAUCCGAAGCGAAAUGUGAAGAGUUUGGCCUUGGAUGUAGAAGAGCUUGCUGAUCAGUUGGAACUUGGGUCCAAGUUUUAUGUUAUUGGGUUUUCUAUGGGAGGCCAGGCAGUGUGGGGCUGUCUCAAGUACAUCCCUCACAGGCUAGCAGGAGCAGCAUUGCUCACUCCAGUUGUCAACUACUGGUGGCCAGGCUUUCCUGCCAAUUUAUCUGAAGCAGUCUACAACCAACUACCCCUACAGGACCAGUGGUGCCUUCGUAUCGUUCACUAUGCUCCAUGGCUCGCAUACUGGUGGAACACCCAGAAAUUGUUUCCUGCAAGUAGUGCUGUUAGCGGCAGUCCACGUAUUUUCUCUCCUCGAGAUAUUGAACUUCUUCCCAAGUUAGCCGCAAGGAAAGCACAUGAGGGACAUGCAAUGCAACAAGGAGUGCUCGAGUCCAUGAAUCGAGACUUGAUUAUUGGAUUUGGGAGCUGGGAAUUUGACCCAAUGGAUCUCAAGAACCCUUUACCAAACAAUGAGGGGUCUGUUCAUGUAUGGCAGGGAGACGAUGAUAGGCUUGUACCGGCCACAUUGCAACGCCAUAUUGCUGGAAGGCUUCCAUGGGUUCACUACCAUGAGUUACCAGGUGCUGGACAUCUUUUUCCAUGUGCAGAAGGAGCAAGUGAAGCUAUUCUAAAGGCACUCUUACCUGGGGAGAAGUAGCCCACUUCUGGUUACUGGCCAGGCACUGGCAUUUUAAGCUCUCAACCUCACACCCGUUCAACCAUCCCAACAAAAACAAAAAGCUCCUGGUUUCCCAUAGUGCCUGGAUGCGUUCCAUAUGUUUUGGAUCCAUUACCAUUUUUCAUCCAAAGCCUUUCGACUCUUUUCCUUGUUUAAUAUUUUUGCUUGAAGGAUUGAGAUUAUUAGUGUACUACUACAGAACAGGGCUAUAGCAUGGUUAUGUACCUAUAGUAGUCUUGUUCAAUGCCUUUACUUUUUACACAGAUUACCAGAUUAAUGAAGCAGAGCUGAAUUUUGUGAUGGUUCA